AUGUCUACAUUAUGCGAUUUACCACGCACCGAAGAAGAAUCUGUAUUAUUUUUUCAAGAGAAAGGUAUUUUACCUAGUGCACGAAUAUGUAAAAAUGGGCAUGUAAUGAAAUUAAAUAUUUCUAAAGGCGUUUGGAGAUGCACUAUAAGUAGCUGUGAUGUAAUGAUAAGCAUCCGUUCUAAUAAUUGGUUUAGCGGAUCACGGAUACCAUUUUUAACGGCGGUAAGAUUUAUUUACCAUUGGACGGAGGAAGUUACGUCUAUAAAGUGGUGUCGAAAACAUCUAAAUAUUUGCAACAAAACAACUAUAGACUGGAAUAGUUUUUUGAGGGAGGUAUGUUUUUUACAUUUGUUGAAACAACCGAACAGGCGAAUAGGCGGUCCCGGAAAAAUCGUUGAAAUCGACGAAACGCUUUUCACCAGGCGAAAAAGCAACGCUGGAAGGGUUCUUCCACAACAGUGGAUAUUCGGCGGAAUAUGCCGAGAAACUGGUGAUUGUUUCCUAGUUCCAGUUCCUAAUAGAGAAGCAACCACACUAAUGACAAAAAUCGUGGAGCACAUUGAACAAGAAUCAACAAUUUAUUCUGACUGUUGGCGAGCUUACAGGACGGAUGAAUUAGAAAGAGCAGGUUACAGUCAUUUUACUGUAAACCAUAAAUAUAAUUUCGUUGAUCCAACAACGGGUGCUCACACUCAAAACAUUGAAAGNAAUAUAAUAUCUAAAUUAUUAUUUCUAUAUCAAAUAUACGUUAUUUGCAACAAGUACCAAACUUAA